AUUAUACUAGUAGGCUUUCUGAAAAAAUAUCUGAUGUUGAUGAUUGUUCUCAUCAUGAGAUUAGAACUAUAAAAAAUGAAUAUAAAAUAUUUGAUUAUUGUCAAAAUUCAACAGAAUCAAAUUGUAAAUAUUAUGAGCAUGAAAUUAAAAUCGAUAAGAAUGAAUAUAAG